CUUUUUUUUUUUUAAUUCCAGAUGUUGUGAUUUGUCUUUAAAGCACUAAGUUCUGAGAACCACGUGCCUCAUUGUAAUUUCUCUCUAUAAACACUAGGGCUUGCUCUGUUUUUCCACAGUCCUUGGACUUCAUCAUGAUUAUUUCUCAGCUGCUGGUUUGUGUGGCAAUUUCAGUUUUCUGUGUCUUAAAAGCCAGCUCCCUGGACACCUUUAUUGCAGCUGUUUAUGAGCAUGCAGUGAUUUUGCCGAAUGUCACCCUCACACCAGUGCCCCGUGAAAUGGCAUUGGGGCUAAUGAGCAGAAAUCUGGACCUUUUGGAGGGAGCAAUCACCACCGCAGCAAAACAGGGUGCACAUAUUAUUGUGACUCCAGAAGAUGGUCUUUAUGGCUGGAACUUCAAUAGAGAAUCUAUCUACCCAUACCUGGAAGAUAUCCCAGACCCUCAAGUGAACUGGAUCCCUUGUAAUCAUCCCAACAGAUUUGGCCACACCCCAGUCCAAGAAAGACUCAGCUGCCUGGCCAAGGAAAACUCUAUCUACGUUGUGGCAAAUAUUGGGGACAAGAAGCCAUGCAAUGCCAGUGACCCCCAGUGUCCUUCUGAUGGCCGUUACCAAUACAACACUGAUGUGGUGUUUGACUCUCAAGGAAAACUGGUGGCACGCUAUCAUAAGCAAAACCUUUUCUUGGGUGAAGAUCAAUUCAAUGCACCCAAGGAGCCUGAGGUUGUGACUUUCGACACCGCCUUUGGGAGAUUUGGCAUAUUCACGUGCUUCGAUAUACUCUUCCACGAUCCUGCUGUGACCCUGGUGAAAGACUUCCAUGUGGACACCAUUCUGUUUCCCACAGCGUGGAUGAAUGUUUUGCCGCAUUUGUCAGCUAUUGAAUUCCACUCAGCUUGGGCCAUGGGCAUGAAGGUCAAUUUCCUUGCAUCAAAUAUACAUCACCCCUCAAAGAAAAUGACAGGAAGUGGCAUCUACGCACCUGAUUCUCCAAGAGCAUUUCAUUAUGAUAUGAAGACAGAGAAGGGAAAACUCCUUCUCUCACAGCUGGAUUCCCACCCAAAGCGCCCCAUCGUGGUGAAUUGGACUUCUUAUGCUAGUGGAAUAGAAGCAUUCCCAACAAGCAACAAGGCAUUUAAGGGCACUGUCUUUUUUGAUGAAUACACCUUCUUGGAGCUGAGAGGAGUCACAGGAAAUUAUACAGUUUGUCAGAAAGAGCUCUGUUGUCAUCUAAGCUAUAAGAUGUCUGAGAAGAGAACAGAUGAAGUGUACGCCCUAGGGGCAUUUGAUGGACUACAUACUGUGGAAGGGAGCUAUCAUUUGCAGAUUUGCACUCUGUUGAAGUGUAAGACAACGAGCUUACACACGUGUGGUCACUCAGUUGAAACUGCUUUCACCAGGUUUGAAAUGUUCUCCCUCAGUGGCACCUUUGGAACCCAGUAUGUGUUUCCUGAGGUGCUGCUGAGUGAAAUUCAGCUUGCACCUGGAGAAUUUCAGGUGUUGAGUGAUGGACGCUUGCUGAGCCUGAAGCCACCAUCUGGACCUGUCUUGACAGUAACUCUGUUUGGGAGGGUGUAUGAGAAGGACCAUACAUCCAAUGCUUCAUCAGACUUCAUGGAAUACACACUAACACAACACAGAAAAAAUGCCAUAUAAACACAAAGGAAACAAGAGGCUGGCUGACUUUGGAUCUAAGGAUCACAGCAGCACAACCCGGGAUCUGCGAAGAGAAGGACAGAGGCACCAGGACAACUGGUUUCUUUUCCAGACAGCCAGCUGCAGGGUACGUGUAGCUCUGCCAGUGGGAAGCAUGCCUGCACCUGUGAGCAAAGGGAACUAGCUCCUCAGACACUGCUAGAAAUAUAAAAACUUAUAAUUUUACAGCAGUUGAAAUCCUGACCUCAAUAUUAAAAUAAAAGCAAGUUUUGCAAAACAACCAAAAUACAAAAGACUGAACGAAGAGACGCUGUAUGAAAACUGGGCAUUGAACUGUGUCUAGUGGUGGAAAUGGAAAAUGGCGCCUGCCCACCUCCCCUAGGUGAUUAGUAAUUGUAUAGAGCACAUGUGUCAAACACAAGGCCCG